AUGCCACCCAAGAAAGCGCCUCAAUUGCCGACCAAGGACACGCCUCUUAGCUAUCAUCAAAUGGUCAUUGAGCUCCUCAAGUUUCUUGAAGUAUCCAUACACACAAUUCUCUUUGUGCGAAGGAUCUAUCCCACUGAAUUGUUCGCUCGGAGAAAGAAAUAUGACGCCCCCGUCUACCAGUCUCGACAUCCAGAUCUCAACAGUUAUAUCUCUGGAGCCGUUAAAGCUGUUGGAGAAGAGCUCGUCCGGGGUACCGUACAGCGCGUUGUGGUCGUAAUACGAGAUAGGGACAACGUGGCCCUUGAACGAUUCGUAUUCAACUUUUCUGGUCUCCCAGCCAUUCCUAAGGACGCCGAGUGGCAAAAAUGGUCAAACGUCGAGGGUGUGAUGAGUGCUGCAACUCUGGCACAGUAUUUUAGAUCCUUUCUCAUCCGCCUAGCCCUCCUUGACCGCCAACUUGGAACCCUCCCGGAAAGCUGGGACUCUACUUUCGCUGUGGUAAUGGAAUUGAAAGACGGGGAGACUCCUAGUGAACCAGUCAGCAAGGCCAAGGCAAAAGAUAAGCCUCCAGUGGCCUGGGUUCCAGCCCUCGUUCAGAACACUACAGCUGGAAUGACUGAAGAUGCAGAGAGUCAUAUUAUCAGAACGGUAGACACUGGUCUUGUAAAUGUAAGUGAAGACUCCGCCGUGGAUCCUGCCUAA